GACAACCGGCAGAAAAACAGGAACUCCGAGCCCGCCUCACCGCCUGCCUUAUAUACAACCCGGGCGGAUCGGCAGUGCCUCCUGCGAUUGGCUGCGAGAGAGGAGUUGGUUCCGCAGCCAAUGGAAGAGCGAAUCCAAAUCUGGCCAAUGGCGGAUCUCGGCGCCGGGCUCUGAGCUGACAGACAGCCAAUGCCGAAGCGGCGGUGUCGGCGGAGCUGCUAUAAAUGCGGCUGCCGAGGCGGUGCCGUUGCUGCUGAGCGCUGUCGCUGAGUGUGUUGCUGUUGUGAGGAGCUGCGGCUGCUGCUGCCGAAAUGCCCGAGCCGGCCAAGUCCGCCCCCGCGCCCAAGAAGGGCUCCAAGAAGGCGGUGACCAAGACGCAGAAGAAGGGCGACAAGAAGCGCAAGAAGAGCCGCAAGGAGAGCUACUCCAUCUACGUGUACAAGGUGCUGAAGCAGGUGCACCCCGACACGGGCAUCUCGUCCAAGGCCAUGGGCAUCAUGAACUCCUUCGUCAACGACAUCUUCGAGCGCAUCGCGGGCGAGGCCUCGCGCCUGGCGCACUACAACAAGCGCUCCACCAUCACCUCGCGGGAGAUCCAGACGGCCGUGCGCCUGCUGCUGCCCGGCGAGCUGGCCAAGCACGCCGUGUCCGAGGGCACCAAGGCUGUCACCAAGUACACCAGCUCCAAGUAAAUGCUUGGCUAAAAUCUGUUUAACCCAAAGGCUCUUUUAAGAGCCACCCACUUUUUCAACAAAAGAGCUGAACAUUCAA